CCAACCGUCCAAGUUCCAACCAACCUCUCCUCGUCUUCUCCGCCCGCUUUCUUUCCCUCUUCUCUUUCUAUUUUCGUUCAUUUCCCUCGUCCCACUCCUUCGCACCUACUGACACCCGCCAUCUUCCUCACUCUUUCUCCUCCAAUCCCUCAUUCUCUGCCUCUCUCCAUCCCUCCCAUGGCUUCGUCCUCUCCCUUUCUUUCCAAAAUCCCCAUCUCCAACAGAACCAUCUGCUUCGCAUCUUCUCUCUCCCCCAUUCCUUCGAAAUUUCCUUCCAAAUCCCUCCGCCAUCACAGACGAAAUGCCUUGAAAGUUCAAUCGAAGAUCCGCGAAAUCUUCAUGCCCGCUCUCAGCUCCACCAUGACUGAGGGCAAGAUCGUCUCCUGGAUUAAAUCCGAAGGUGACGUCCUCUCCAAAGGUGAAAGCGUCGUGGUUGUCGAGUCCGAUAAGGCCGACAUGGAUGUUGAGACCUUCUACGACGGCAUUCUCGCUGCAAUUGUUGUCCCCGAAGGUGAAACUGCUCCUGUCGGCGCUCCUAUUGGACUUUUAGCUGAGACUGAAGAGGAAAUUGCCGAAGCCAAAGCAAAAGCCGCGUCUCAAACUGGUAGUACUGCUUCUCCUGCUAUUGCUCCCACUCCUCCUCGUGCUACUUCUACUCCUGCUCCUGCAAUUUCGCAACCAACACCUGCUCCUGCGGCGCCUGCUGCGGAGGGGCCCAGGAAGAUAGUGGCGACACCCUAUGCAAAGAAGUUGGCGAAGCAGCAUAAGGUGGAUAUCAACAAGGUGGUUGGAACAGGGCCGUUUGGGAGGAUAACCCCGGCAGACGUAGAGGCAGCGGUGGUUAUUACUCCUUCCAAGCCUGUGGCUCCUAAGCCUGCUCCAGCAGCGGCUGCUUCUCCUUCUCCAGCUAAAGCUGCUGCCACUUCAUCAGCUUCUCCACUUCCUGGAUCUACGGUUAUAUCGUUUACAACAAUGCAAGCGGCGGUUUCGAAAAAUAUGGUGGACAGCCUUUCGGUACCCACUUUUCGGGUUGGAUAUCCAGUGACAACUAAUGCACUUGAUGCACUAUAUGAGAAGGUGAAACCAAAAGGUGUGACAAUGACUGCAUUAUUGGCAAAAGCUGCAGCAAUGGCACUUGUUCAGCACCCAGUUGUGAACGCCAGCUGCAAAGACGGAAAAAGUUUUACUUAUAACAGUAACAUUAACAUUGCAGUGGCAGUGGCAAUCAAUGGUGGGUUGAUAACCCCUGUUCUUCAAGACGCAGAUAAGUUGGAUUUGUACCUUUUGUCACAAAAGUGGAAAGAGUUGGUGGAGAAAGCCAGAGCAAAGCAACUUCAGCCUCAUGAGUACAAUUCAGGAACAUUCACUCUAUCCAAUUUGGGAAUGUUUGGAGUGGACAGGUUUGAUGCUAUUCUUCCUCCUGGUCAGGGGGCUAUAAUGGCUGUUGGAGCAUCAAAACCAACUGUGGUGGCUGAUGCAGAUGGAUUCUUCAGUGUGAAAAGUAAAAUGCUGGUGAAUGUAACAGCCGACCACCGAAUUGUCUAUGGUGCUGACUUGGCUGCCUUCCUUCAAACCUUUGCAAAGAUUGUUGAGAACCCAGAAAGCCUGACAUUGUAGAUGACGUUUUUACGCAACAGUACUGCUGAUUUUGAGUAGUCAUUAUUUGGUGGUUGUCAAGAAUCAAGAUGCUGGUGUCUGCUAAACAAAGCGCUUAGCUGAGGAGCCUGGUUUUGCAGUCUUUUGUGAUAUUAUGCUCGUGUUGUAUUUUUAAUUUUUAAUUUUUAUUUUUUAAUUUUGCAAAGAUUUCAGUGACAUAACAGAUGCAGUGGAGUAGUUUUUUUUAAAAGAGGAGAAUAAUGAGUUAAAGGAAAAUUUUUAUCUUUUUAAAGAAGCCGGUUAAUGCUAUUUUUUUUUUUGGUUGGAAAA